AUGGCAGAUGUAUCAGAUCCAGGUUUACCAACUCAAGCCAUUUGGGACAUACCAUUUGAGAACUUGGAGUUCAAGGAGAGGAUUGGAAAGGGUUCAUUCGGAUCAGUGUUCAAAGGCAACUAUCUAGGUCUCGACGUGGCCAUCAAGAAGAUCGAAAAGGCCGAUGACCCAGAGUAUCUGAAAUACAUCGAUAGAGAGGUGUCAAUGCUUCAGAGUUUGAGACAUCCAUUCAUUGUACAGUUCUCUGGAAUAUGUGUACAUUCGUCUGGUCUUUACAUUAUAACAGAGUUUGUCUCGGGUGGAGAUGUUAGACAACUGCUCAAACAAACACCACCCAUCACAUGGGACAAGAGACUAUCAAUCGCCGUUGACUUGGCCAAGGUAUUAGUAUUCCUCCAUGCCAAGAAGAUCAUUCACAGGGACCUCAAGUCAAAGAACAUCUUGCUGGAUGAGUUCCAAAGGAUUAGACUGUGUGACUUUGGAUUCGCGAGAAUGAAUGAACAGACAAAGAAGUCGAGACAUAUGACAAUGUGUGGUACUGAGGGUUGGGUAGCACCAGAGAUUCUACUUGGAAUGAGUUAUGACACCUCUUGUGAUGUGUUCUCAUAUGGUGUCGUGUUGGCCGAGUUGAUCACUGGUCGAAAGCCCGGUGUGGACCUCUGGGUUCGCACACCAGAGACCUGUUUCGAUAUCAAUCCCGAAGAGCUAAGACAAAAGGCCUUACCAGGUUGUCCAACAAAACUCAUAGAGGUAUGCUUGGAAUGCUGUACAUAUGAACCAUUGUCACGUCCAACGUUUGAUGAGGUGUGCACCACGGUCAAGUCAGUUGUGAUUCCGCCAGAGAUUAAAUCACCUGAUGUCACUCCAAGCACGGCAACACCAAACAACAACAUUAGCGCACCAUCAUCACCACCCGUUGUAUCAGUCACAUCAACAACCAACAAUGCCAACAACAACAACAACAAUAACGCAACAAUCGCAGGCUCAUUGUCACCAACAUUGGUACAGUCAAGACGUGGUAACAACGCAUUGUCACAACAUAGGAAGUCGGGUGAGUUUGCCAACGCAGUACCAUCGGGCGCCAACGACCAACAGCAGAAGGAGCUCAAGUUCAAGGCGGGUGAGUCGGUGAUGAAUGGCUCAAACUGGCGUCACGGCGAGUUGAAGCCGCCCGGCUACUACACUCUCAAGCGCAAGAACGAUGGCGGCACGCAGACGGCCCUCACCAACCAUCUGAUCAAGAUGGUGGAGCGUGCUACCAGCGACUACUGCUACGACACGUCAUACAUCCAGGACCUGCUGCUGACGUACCGCUGCUUCGCCACGCCCACGCAGCUGUUUGACCUCCUGCAGCAGCGUUACCUGUCGUGCUCGCUCGAGAACCAUCAGCACCAGGUGGACAACUGGAAGCGCGUGCAUCGUGUGAUUCAACUGCGUGUGAUCAUCUUCUUCAAGCGAUGGAUCGACUACUAUCCACACGACUUCCAGGAGGAGCCCCUCGUGGACAAGCUCGCAGAGUUUGAUCGCAUCAUUGCCCAGAACAACUUGGCAUCACAGAGUCUCACCUCGACGCUGGCUGGCUCCGUCGCCGAGCUGGGCGAGCCCAAGCUAGUGGCCGAGCUGACCAAGAAGCGCAACGAACUCUCACAGUCGACACCAAUCCCAUCGAAUGCGCAGUUCCCCACAAGUGUCAUCCCGCCCCCACCAAGCGGCGAAUACUUGGACGUAGCCGAUGUCAACUCUACCGAGCUGGCGCGACAGUUCACAAUUAUCAGCGGCUUCAACUUCUACCAGAUCUCGGCACGCGAGUAUCUCGAGAUCAUCUGGGAGAAGAUAUCCCAGUCGCCAUCACCAUACGUCGGCAGCGAGAUGACGUCACAGCCCGGCGCCAACAUCCACACGUUCCUCGAGCACUACGACGACCUAGUGCGCUUCGUCUCGACUGAAGUCGUCAAGCACAACAACGCAAGCAAGCGUGCCACUACCAUUGAGCGAUUCAUCGAGGCCGCUGACAAGUGUCUGGCCCAGAGCGAUUUCUCAAGUGUAUUCUGCAUCAUGCAAGGACUGGCCAGUCCAGCGAUCGAGCGUCUCACCGAGACAUUCAAAGCGCUGAGCCCCAAGACACACGCAACAUUCGACCACCUCAAGACCUUUGUGUCCAAGGACAAUGAUCACAAGAAGUAUCGUGAGACUCUGAACGACGCGCAGGCACCCGCCAUCCCACACAUCAGACUGUUGUUGGACGAGUUGUUCUUCAUCGAGACGAGCAGUCCCAAGCUGUUGCAGGGAGGCAUCGUCAACUUCUUCCACUACCGACAACUGAGUCGCAAGAUCCUAUUCACUCAACAGCUUCUUGGCAGCGGACUCCACCAGUUCCGCGCCGUGCCCUCCAUCCAAAAGAUCCUUUCCAAGCCCCCACAAGAACUCUUUGAUGAUGAAGCAAUUAGACAUUACUCGCUGCUAUGUGAGCCACCAGUGUCAUUGUAA